GCUUGCGCGGCUGAGUCCCGCGGACUCCUCUGAGGCGCGGGGACUCCCGGAGAAGACAGAGAAACCGAGGAACGAGUGACAGCAGGACAGACCACCCGGCCGUGAACCCGGGCGGCUCUGGGGUGCGCCCGCGGCUCCAGGUCUUUCUCGGAGCCGCUGCCAUGGGAGAGCCAGCUUUGGGCGUCGGGGACCAGCCGCCGCUGCUGCCGCGCCUGCCUCGGAGCCGCGGCCCCAGUCCCCGCGCCCGAAGUCGGCCCGCUGCGUCCCCCUCUCGGGUUGCAGGGCCGCCUCCGCCGCGCCGCCGGCCCCGGCUGUGCCUGUGAUGAGCCGCAGCCCGCUGCGAGCCCUGCCCCCGGGCGCGCUCCCCCGGUUGCUCCCGGCCGCGCCUGCCGCCGCGCCGCGCGCCCUGCUCCCGCCGUGGCCCCGGCGCCCGGGCCGUCGUUGGCCCGCGUCCCCGCUCGGAAUGAAGGUGUUCCGCAGGAAGGCGCUGGUGCUGUGCGCGGGCUACGCGCUGCUGCUGGUGCUCACUAUGCUCAACCUCCUGGACUACAAGUGGCACAAGGAGCCGCUGCAGCAGUGCAGCCCCGACGGGCAGCUGGGUGCCGCGGCGGGGGCGGCUAGCGGCGGCUGGGGGCGCCCGGGGCCGCCGCCAGCAGUGCCGCCCCGCGUACACACCCGCCUGGACCCCCGUACGCCGUACCGCCCUCCCGCCGCCGCCGCCGCCGCCGCCGCCGCCGCCGUCGUUGGGGCGGCCCCCGCCGCCGCAGCAGGGGCGGCGGGGGCCGUAGCUCCUCCCCGCAAUGGCAGUCUGGGCCCCGGGGGUAGCGGAGAGAAGCGGCAGUUGGUGUAUGUGUUCACCACGUGGCGCUCGGGCUCAUCUUUCUUCGGUGAGCUCUUCAACCAGAACCCCGAGGUGUUCUUUCUGUAUGAGCCAGUGUGGCACGUGUGGCAAAAACUGUACCCAGGGGACGCUGUUUCCCUGCAAGGGGCUGCGCGGGACAUGCUGAGCGCUCUGUAUCGCUGCGACCUCUCCGUCUUCCAGCUGUACAGCCCCGCGGGCAGCGGGGGGCGCAACCUCACCACGCUGGGCAUUUUUGGUGCGGCCACCAACAAAGUGGUGUGCUCCUCGCCACUCUGCCCCGCCUACCGCAAGGAGGUCGUGGGGCUGGUGGACGAUCGUGUGUGCAAGAAGUGCCCACCGCAGCGCCUGGCGCGCUUUGAGGAGGAGUGCCGCAAGUAUCGCACGCUGGUCAUCAAGGGCGUGCGUGUCUUCGACGUGGCCGUGUUGGCACCGCUGCUGCGCGACCCUGCCCUGGACCUCAAGGUCAUCCACCUAGUACGCGAUCCUCGUGCUGUGGCCAGCUCACGCAUCCGCUCGCGCCACGGUCUCAUCCGCGAGAGCCUGCAGGUGGUGCGCAGCCGGGACCCGAGAGCCCACCGCAUGCCGUUCCUGGAGGCCGCUGGCCACAAGCUUGGUGUCAAGAAGGAGGGUGUGGGCGGCCCGGCAGACUACCACGCGCUUGGCGCUAUGGAGGUCAUCUGCAACAGCAUGGCCAAGACACUGCAGACGGCCCUGCAGCCCCCGGACUGGCUGCAAGGCCACUACCUGGUGGUGCGGUACGAGGACCUGGUGGGAGACCCCGUCAAGACCCUACGGAGGGUGUACGACUUUGUGGGGCUGCUAGUGAGCCCCGAAAUGGAACAGUUUGCCCUCAACAUGACCAGUGGCUCAGGCUCCUCCUCUAAGCCUUUUGUGGUGUCCGCUCGCAACGCCACGCAGGCCGCCAACGCCUGGCGGACGGCCCUCACCUUCCAGCAGAUCAAACAGGUGGAGGAGUUUUGCUACCAGCCCAUGGCCGUGCUGGGCUAUGAGCGGGUCAAUAGCCCCGAAGAGGUCAAAGACCUCAGUAAGACCCUGCUCCGGAAGCCCCGGCUCUGAGAGGGUUUCCUGGGAGACUUGAUUCCUUGUAGAGACACCCACGGGAGGAUUGUGGUGUAUUUAAACAAAAACAGCCCAGACCCAAACUGAGGAAGCCCACGUAUUCUAUUAUAGAUAUAUAAUAUAAAUAACCACACAGGCACUUGCUGUCAAUGUUUUGAGUCAUUGAAUUUCAAGGAACAGCCACAAUACACACACAUCUCAGAAAAGGCAAGACUUGAAAGCUCUGACCAGCUCCCCUACUCUCCUCUCCCCUACCUUUUUUCUCCCUUCCUUUUUCUCCCAGUUCUUACCCUCUCUCCUACCUGCCUUGUGUUUUGAAGUGGGAUGUUGAUUAAAUCAAGGUCCAGUAACUUAAAUCUUGUUUACAAAAUUUUCGUCGCAUCUGUGAACACGUAAAAGAGUCAUUUGGAUGUGGGGUGGGGUGGGGUGGAGAAAGGGGAAGUUGUCCAGGAGCACAAAGCUCCGUUGGACAAACCAAGGAGGCAUUCUUCUAAAAGUAGACUUGUGUAAAAGGCAAAGGUUAUAAAGUGAGUAUUAAUAAAAAAAGGUAAUAAAUAAUAUUCUUUUUAAUAUCUGCCUCCAUUACUUUGGAUUUACCUGUGCUACUUCUCCUGUGUAGCUUCGGGCGGAAUUUGCUUCCCCUCCCCCCACCCCAUUUUCCCAGUCUGUUUCCUAGAAAACUGCUAGGACGGGUGGCAGCAGCUUCUGACUCCUUGAUAAGAACCUUGGAGUUGUUUUCUCACACGUGAAGCACAGCCUGUCAGGUGCCCAGGAAUGGGAACAAACCUUGAAAGUCUAAAGGCAAAAACCAAGCAAGGCACUGGAGGAGAGGGCCCACUCUACUUUCCUGUUCCACUGUGGGCACAGAAAGGAAGAAGCAACCCCGUGAGGAUUUGACGGCAUUCGUUUUUGAUUAUUGUUGGGUUAAGACUGGGGAAACUUGACGCAGAGACGUGUUUUGGUGCUGAGGUUAGUUCAGAAAAAGGAUUUUGUUUUUUGACGAAAAGUGUGUAAUUAAAUUUUCUGAGGAUUAAAACAUAGACCUCGAAAAUUAGUGUGAACACAGUGUUGACAAUGGUAGCAACUUCUUUAAAAAAUGAAAGAAGUAUAUGUGUCUAGAGUGUUUUUCUGCCUGUGACAUAGUACAUGGAGGCAUUUGAAAAGGGGAAGUUUUUAUCUGAGAACCAUAAGGGUACGCACAGGCUUUUCCUUUUCUUUCUUGCUUCCUAUUUAAAUUAGUGCAAACAAUAUGAAUUUAUAAUGGCUUACUUGGGAUGCCCAUGAGGCUACAUUGCUUUUCCUUACUGUGUUUCCUAAAAGUAAAAUUGCAAAGAAGCUAUAACAUGUUGCAGACAGUAUAAGGCUUCAGCCAAGAGCUUCUUUUAGAUAUGAAAAUGAAUUAUGGGAAAGAGGAAAUGAAAUGAAUUAUGAGUAAGUGUGUUGGAUUUUGAGAUUUGGUAUUUUCCAGGGAGAAAACCAUUCCAAUUUUCCUGCAAUGGUAAUGGUGUUGCUGCUGUUCUGAGCCCAUUUAUACUGAAACAUUCUGCAGAAUGUCAUAUUACAAUAAGAAGUUAUGAAGCCUGAAUAGGAACAAGAGACAGUGUAGUUCUAUGUUUCAUUAAAUACGGUACAAGUUCAAUAUCAUCAUGACUUUAUUUUCUAUAAUUUAUUGUGAAAUCUCUGCAGGCCAAGCUGUGUUGGUUAAAUGCUGAGGAUUUUAAGGAAAAUAUGAUGAAAAAUAAUACAUACAUGGGAAAUAUUCAACACAAGAUGAUUCUUAAGUAUAAUUUUCAUUACAAGGUGAAAUCUCACCAUGCUGUUAAGCAUUCAAGAUAAAGAAGCACAGAAGUUAAAAAGAAAAGUUGUAUUUAGCAGUGGAUUUUAUAACACAUUCUAGAAUGAUUAGUUCCUGACUUACUAAAAUAGUUUAUAGUGUUGUGUUUAUUAAACCAGAUUGUAGCUAUAACAUAUCGAUCCUGUUUUCUAUGGUGUUUUCAUGGUAGCGCCUAUGCUGAAGUAUCAUGGCCAAUAGUGGAAUAUUUGCAAUAGCUUUAAUUUAAGAAGACUUUACAAUUAGAUGAACAAAAUUAAUAUGAAUGUGGGAUGACUAUAGAUGACACAGGUUUAACAGGAAAUCAAGACAGCAUCAUUAAAAAGCAAGCAUUCUGAAUAAAAUAACCACUUAAAAACAAAUGUCAUACGACAUGAGAAUCAGCUAUCGCUUAAUCACAGUAGAAUUCAUGCUUGGUUUUUGAGUGAAGGAGUUUUAAACAGUUGAAUUCAUUCUCCUCUCAGUAUAUCUAAGGACUUUGUGUUGAAGUGGAAAUAUGCUGUUUUUGGAUUUUGUAUUAAAAAAAAUAUUAGAUGCUGUGUAGAGCCUUUGCAGCCUGCAGAGCAUUGUGGCCUCUGCUCAGAUGAAAUUUUAAGUGUAAACACAGAACAUUUGUCCCCUGUGCUGUCUCUGAACGUGGUUUCCGCCCGAAAUACCCUUGUUUUGUAGCGAUGCAUUCUCUCCACUCUGCCACUCUGUAAUUUGAAAGGUGAAUUGUCGCUCCUGGAGAUUUGUUCCUAGCUGCAUUCUAGGAAAGCAAGACAAGUGUAGUUCCCACUAACGGCCGACAUAGUCAUAUCAGUGGCAUCCAGCUUCCACGGGUUUGAGAAGGAGAGAUGCAUUUUUUGGUGUUAAUAAGCUUCUGUCAGCCCCUGGUGCAAGCAGACCUGUGUCCCAACAAAUUGCAACAGAACCUGUGACGAUUUCUGAGGCAGCAAACGUAAAAGAGAUCCUUUCACAUUUCCCAACCUGGCAGGAUAUCCAUCAGCAGGAGGAAAUAUUCUUCAGAGCAGGUUAUCUGAGUGAUUUUUAUUUUCAGAUUCUGCUUAGCUGAUAGCACGCCUGACUUACUCCUUUGACUUUGGAAUGCCUUUGUUAAUUAGAAAGCUCUAUUUAGAAAAUGUAGUCUACCCAGUGCAUUUAGUCAACAAAUAUGAGUUUAGAACAAGGCAGCGGCACUAGCUGGGUGCUUGAAUUUCAGGGAGCUCAGAGGCACUCAAAGGCCUCAUUCAGGCUGACCUGUGGGCACCUUGCAGGCAGGGACUGGGGUAAAUCCUGUACCCUUCAGUGUCCAUAGAGUGAGUACUUGACAAACACUUGCUAAGUACCUCCACGAAAUCUAGAACUAUCAAAAUUUGAAAGUCCUCAGAAGGGCAAGAGGGGAAGAAUGUGUUACCUGUUUGGAGAAACUGCCAAGCUGUUCACCAAAGUUUGCUGAAGGAGGGGGGGCCUUAGGCUCCUAUGUUGAUGUGGGGAAUGGGCAAUAGGGACAUCUUCAGGAUUUCCAGGGUGACUGUGCAUAGGCUAGUAUUUCCCACAGAUGAAAUAGAAACAAAAACUCAGAAUUUCUGAAUGUGGACAAGUAAAAAUUUCCAAAUGAGGAAUUUGAUGUUUAUUCUUUGUUUUCCCAAUUGCAUUAACAAGAUAAAGGCAGAGCUCAAAACAUCCCUGCAGAAGAAAUGAACUCUCUGAGGGAGAGCUAUGAGGUUGUUCAUUAUUGCAGAAGCCAUGUAAUAUUUAUUUAUUAUUUUGAGUGCUUUGGAUGUGCAGUUUAAAGGACUUUGAGGUGGAUUUCACCCAGGCAUAGGAAUAGUUACUUUCAGGAAGUUUGGCCUAUUGUGGAUGCUGAAUGAGACAAUGGCUGCCUGUUCCCAUGCAUCUCUGCCUGGCCGUGGCCAGUUCUGUCCAGGAUUUCUGUUGCACACAGUAUAGUUGAGGCUGGAUUAUGCUGUCGGUUUGAAAUUAAUGUGAAUCUGAGUGAGGCUGUUAAUUAACAUUCCCUGGGUCUGAGCAAUGAAAUAAAGAUCAUGUUUGAAA